AUGGUUGCGGAUUCUAGUGCUGCGAAGCUCAAUCUUAGAGAAAGUGAGAGCCUUUUAAGAAGCUAUAGUAGCGGCUGUGUAUCAGUUUCGUCAAUGACAGAGCCAAAUCCAGAGACUUUGACAGGGUCUUGCUUAGUUUCGUGCACCACAUUCAAUAUUUUGGCUCCCAUUUACAAAAGACUCGAUCAACAGAAUCAAGGUCUUCGUGAGAGCGAGUUCAGAGCAUUCUGGGUGGCCAGGAACCAGAGGAUUUUGGAUUGGUUGCUCUAUGAAUCUUCUGCAAUUAUAUGUCUCCAGGAGUUUUGGGUUGGAAAUGAAGAAUUUGUGAAUAUGUACCUGGAGGGGCUUGGGGAUGCAGGCUAUAGUACCUUCAAGCUUGCGCGAACGAACAACCGUGGAGAUGGUUUGCUCACUGCUGUGCGAAGAGACUGCUUUAGGGUUCUAAACUAUCGAGAGUUGCACUUUAAUGAUUUUGGAGACCGUGUUGCUCAGUUGUUACAUGUUCAGUUAGUUGCCCCCUUUUCACAAAAUCAGAAAGGCAAUGUUCAGCAAGAAAUGCUAAUUAUGAAUACGCACUUGUUAUUUCCUCACGAUUCCAGUCUUUCCAUAGUAAGAUUGCAUCAGGUUUACAAAAUUUUGCAAUUUGUGGAAUCUUAUCAGAAUGAAAACCAACUAAACCCCAUGCCCAUCAUACUCUGUGGUGACUGGAAUGGAAGUAAGCGUGGCCAUGUGUACAAAUUCCUUAGAUCUCAGGGGUUUGUAUCAACAUAUGAUACUGCUCAUCAAUAUACUGAUGCAGAUGCUCACAAGUGGGUUAGCCACCGCAAUCAUAGGGGAAACAUCUGUGGUGUCGACUUCAUUUGGCUUUGUAAUCCCAAUAAGUCACGUAAACCACUAAAGACUAGUUGGUGUGAAGCUGUUCUUGGUAUAUUAAGGCGCCAGCUCCGAAAAGCUUCAAUGGCUGAGAAUGAUGCAUUUGCCUUUUUGAAGGGUGAUAGCAGUGGUGAUUUUAUUACAUCCUCAGCUUUCUGUGAAGCACUCCAUCAGGUUAAUUUAAUUGGUCAACCUUCGGGACUGGGUUUCCAGGAGACAAGGAAUCUCUGGAUCCAAGCAGAUGUUGAUGCAAACGGUGUUCUUGAUUAUGAAGAAUUUAAGAAUAGGAUCUGGAUAUCUACAGUGUCAGAGGAAAAGGAAAACCUUAAUGGAAGUAGAGAGGAGUCCAUACGAGGCACACAGGACGCCCUUGGAUUCAACGUGAAGAAUGCAGUUCUGUACCCCCGUGAGGCGGAAAAGGGAAUAUGGCCUGAAGAUUAUACUCUUUCUGAUCAUGCCCGACUCUCCGUCGUACUCUCACCAGAAAGGAUGUGGUGUUCUCAGUUAUAA